AUGGCAGCGGGCGCUGGCACUGCUGAGCGAGAUGCGGGAGGCGAAGCUGAAACCCAACAUCAUCUGACUACAUCGCUGAGGCCGAUGCGUGCAGCAAGGGCGUCCAGUGGCAGCGGGCUCUGGCGCUGCUGGCUGUGGCAGCGGGCUCUGGGACUGCUCGGCGAGAUGCGGGAGGUGAGGCUGGAGCCCAACGUCAUCAGCUACAGCGCUGGGAUCAGCGCGUGCGAGAAGGGCGAGCAGUGGCAGCGUGCUCUGGCGCUGCUCAGCGACGUGUGGGUGGCGAAGCUGGAGGGCAGCGUCAUCAUCUUCAACGCUGGGAUCACCGCGUGCGGGAAGGGCGAGCAGUGGCAGCAAGCUCUGGCGCUGCUCCGCGAGAUGCGGGAGGGGAAGCUGGAGCCCGACAUCAUCUACACCGCUGGGUCCGACGCGUGCCAUAGGUGCGGGCAGUGGCAGCAGGUCGUGUCGCUGCUCAAAGAAAUGA